AACAAGUUCGUACGAGAACAUGGCGUCAAGUACGAACGCGGAAAGCAAACGUACAGCGAACCCAAAUCCCUGUGCCAUAUAUGGCAGAGUGCCGUCGGUCGGGAUGGAUCGGACGAAGAUUACGUUCUGCACGGAUGUGGACAAGUCCGUAAUCGUGCACAACUUCGAGAAACGUGGCUGGACGCAGGUCGGUCCGGAGGACGAUUGGAAUUUCUACUGGGCUGCCACGCAAUCCUGCAGAAAUAUCUUCAGCAUUGAAACCGGAUACAGAAUGGACGACAAUCAGAUCAUCAAUCAUUUCCCAAACCACUACGAGCUUACACGGAAAGAUCUAUUGGUGAAAAAUAUAAAGCGAUAUCGAAAGGACCUGGAGCGCGAAGGAAAUCCUCUGGCAGAGCGCGCGGAAGGCCCGGGAAAGUAUUUGUACCUCGAUUUCAUACCAGUUACCUUUGUCUUACCUGCAGAUUACAACAUGUUCGUGGAGGAGUACCGCAAAUCCCCGCAGAGCACAUGGAUAAUGAAACCUUGCGGCAAGUCGCAGGGCGCUGGGAUAUUCCUCAUCAAUAAACUGAGCAAGCUGAAGAAGUGGUCGCGCGAAGCGAAGACUCCGUUCAAUCCGAACCUGACGAAAGAUUCGUACGUUAUAUCCAGGUACAUCGACAAUCCUCUGUUGAUCGGCAGCAAGAAGUUCGAUCUACGGUUAUACGUCCUCAUCACGUCCUUCCGACCGCUCAAAGCGUAUCUCUUCAAGCUGGGGUUCUGUCGCUUCUGCACCGUUAAGUACGACACCAGCGUGCAAGAACUCGACAAUAUGUAUGUGCACCUCACGAAUGUGUCCGUGCAAAAGCACGGCGACGAGUACAACAGCAAACACGGCGGCAAACUAAGUGUGCAGAACCUGCGUUUGUAUCUGGAGAGCACGCGCGGCAAGAUGGUCACGGAGAAGCUAUUCGCGAAUAUUUCAUGGUGCAUCGUGCACUCGCUGAAAGCGGUAGCGCCGGUGAUGGCGAACGACCGGCAUUGUUUCGAAUGUUACGGAUACGAUAUCAUCAUCGACAACAAGUUAAAGCCGUGGCUGAUCGAGGUGAACGCUUCACCGUCCUUGACGUCUACUACAGUGAAUGAUAGGAUCUUAAAGUACAAACUGAUCGAUAAUAUUGUGUCGGUGGUCCUGCCUCCAGACGGCAUGCCCGACGUGAAGUGGAACAAAUCGCCUUCCUCGGAGGCUCUGGGAAAUUUCGAGUUACUUUUAGACGAAGAAUUGGCGGCCCAGGAUGAGAGAGACGGCUCAUCGUGCAAGUAUCGCGGUUCUCUCAACAAGUGGAAAUAAAUAUUCUCUCUGUAUCAUCGUUUGCUUUGGUUUUCUUUAGAAUUUCUGUCAAAUUUUUCGGAUUCUUGUGUGUGAUGUUUCUCGUUAUUUCGACGUCGUGUAAUUGAACAUUUAUAUUGUCAUUUAUUGAAAGCUCCAAUGAUAACCACAAAAGCUCCCAAAGCGUUGAGUUUAAGCUUUCAUUCAAAAUAAA